UGACAUGGAGCAGCGGAAGUGACCUGAGGAGCCGUCGCAGCGGUGCCCAGGAUGGGCUGCGUGCCCUGCAAAGAGAAGGGGGCUGGCAAAGGGCAGGCAGGGGGCGAGGGGGGCUCCCUCCAGCCCCCUGCCUCCCAGUACGACCCCGACCCCACCCAGCCCGGGGCCAUCUUCACCCGCAUCCCCGACUUCAACAACUUCCAGGGGCCCGUGGUGCCCCCGGCCCCGUCCUUGGCGGAGCCGGGCAGCUUCACCUCCGGCGUGCUGCCAGCACGGACCGGGGGCAUCGCAGGCGGGGGGGUGACACUCUUCAUCGCCCUGUACGACUAUGAGGCCAGGACGGAGGAUGACCUGACAUUCCAGAAAGGGGAGAAAUUCCACAUCAUCAACAACACGGAGGGGGACUGGUGGGAGGCGAGGUCACUGAGCUCGGGUGCCACGGGCUACAUCCCCAGCAACUACGUGGCCCCUGUGGACUCCAUCCAGGCAGAAGAGUGGUACUUUGGGAAGAUCGGGCGCAAAGAUGCAGAGCGGCAGCUCCUGUGCCACGGCAACUCCAGAGGCACCUUCCUCAUUCGGGAGAGUGAGACCACGAAAGGUGCCUACUCCCUCUCCAUCCGGGACUGGGAUGAGGCCAAGGGAGACCACGUGAAGCACUAUAAGAUUCGGAAACUGGAUAGCGGGGGGUACUACAUCACCACCCGUGCCCAGUUCAACACGGUCCAGCAGCUGGUCCAGCACUACAUAGAGCGGGCGGCCGGGCUGUGCUGCCGCCUGGCCGUGCCGUGCCACAAGGGAACCCCCAAACUGGCCGACCUCUCAGUCAAAACCAAAGACGUGUGGGAGAUCCCCCGCGAGUCCCUCCAGCUCCUCAAGAAGCUGGGAAAUGGGCAGUUCGGGGAAGUCUGGAUGGGCACAUGGAAUGGCACCACGAAGGUGGCGGUGAAGACGCUGAAGCCAGGGACAAUGUCCCCCGAGGCCUUCCUGGAGGAGGCUCAGAUCAUGAAGAGACUGCGGCACGACAAGCUGGUGCAGCUCUACGCCGUGGUGUCGGAGGAGCCCAUCUACAUCGUCACAGAGUUCAUGAGCCAGGGCAGCUUGUUGGAUUUCCUGAAGGAUGGGGACGGUCGCUACCUGAAGCUGCCCCAGCUGGUGGACAUGGCUGCCCAGAUCGCGGCGGGCAUGGCGUACAUCGAGCGGAUGAACUACAUCCACCGGGAUCUCCGCGCUGCCAACAUCCUGGUGGGAGAUAACCUCGUCUGCAAGAUCGCUGACUUCGGCCUCGCUCGCCUCAUCGAGGACGAUGAGUACACGGCACGGCAGGGUGCCAAGUUCCCCAUCAAGUGGACGGCUCCAGAGGCUGCGCUUUUUGGGAGGUUCACCAUCAAGUCAGAUGUCUGGUCCUUUGGCAUCCUUCUGACUGAGCUGGUGACCAAAGGCCGGGUGCCCUACCCAGGGAUGAACAACCGUGAGGUGCUGGAGCAGGUGGAGCGGGGGUACCGCAUGCAGUGCCCUGGGAGCUGCCCCCCAUCCCUGCACGAGGUGAUGGUGCAGUGCUGGAAGAGGGAGCCUGAGGAGCGCCCCACCUUCGAGUACCUCCAGUCCUUCCUCGAGGACUAUUUCACUGCCACCGAGCCCCAGUACCAGCCCGGGGACAACCAGUGACCCAGGCUGGCACCCCCAGCAAGCUCUGGGGUGGCUUUGGGGUGAAUCUCCUUUUUUCUCUAGAGGUGGUUGCUUCCUUUGGCUGUGCCCCCACAAAAUG